GAGAGAGAGCGCCUCGGAUCGUCCAGUCUUUUCUCUCCUCCAGCUCAUAUCGGAGGUGGCAGGUGAUCGAACAGUCAGUCUGUCUGUGGAUGUUCAGCGGAUGUUCUUGUGCAGGCUUCUUCCCACCGCGGUGAGGCUGGACGGAUAAACUCACCAUGGCGCUGGAACCGGAGGGAAACAACCGGCUCCUGCAAGACGUGCUGGUGAGACCCGGCAACGAAACGUGCGCGGACUGCGGCAAUCCAGAGCCGGACUGGGCGUCACUGACAUUGGGCGUGUUUGUUUGCCAGGCCUGCUCGCUCCUUCACCGGAGCAUCCCCCACAUCAGCCGGGUGAAGUCUGUCCAGGACACGUGGGAUGCCAGUGAGGUGGAGUUAAUGGCUGCUAUGGGAAACAAUGCAGCCAAGGCCAAAUAUGAGCAGAAGGUUCCUGCUUUCUACUACAGACCUACACACACUGACUGCAAGCUGCUGAGAGAGCAGUGGAUCCGAGCCAAGUACGAAAGGAAUGAGUUUGAGUUCAUCGAGAAACAGGAGCCUUAUUCUGCAGGGUACCGAGAGGGGUUUCUAUGGAAACGAGGAAGAGACAAUGGUCAGUUUCUCAGCCGAAAGUUCAUCCUGUCAGAGAGGGAGGGAGCGUUAAAAUACUUCAACAAGCAGGAUGCCAGGGAUCCCAAGGCGGUGAUGAAAAUUGAGACCCUCAAUGCCACCUUCCAGCCGGCCAAGAUCGGCAACCCCUGCGGCUUGCAGAUCACCUACCUGAAAGACAACAGCACAAGGAACAUCUUUGUCUACCACAGUGAUGCUAAGGAAAUGGUCGACUGGUUCAAUGCUAUUAGAGCAGCAAGGUUCCACUACCUGCAGGUGGCUUUUCCUGGAGCAAGUGAUGAGGAGCUGGUGCCCAAACUGACCAGAAACUUCAUGAAGGAAGGAUUUAUGGAGAAAACAGGCCCAAAGCACACAGAGGGCUUUAAGAAGAGGUGGUUUACUAUGGAUGACAGGAGACUCAUGUAUUUUAAAGACCCUCUGGAUGCCUACGCCCGUGGUGAAGUGUUCAUCGGCAGUAAGGAGAACAGUUACACCGUCUUGGCCGGUUUGCCCGCGUCUACUCAGGGCUACCACUGGAACCACGGCAUCACCAUCGUCACGCCGGACAGGAAGUUCCUGUUUGCCUGCGAGACAGAGGCCGAGCAACGGGAUUGGAUAGCGGCCUUCCAGAGGGUCAUCAAUCGACCAAUGAGGCCACAGGAAUAUGCAGUGGAGGCCCAUUUCAAACACAAGCCUUGAAGCCUGCGGGAAAACCACAACCAACUCCAAAAAAACUCCAAAAGCCAGUCUCAGUCAGAUCAGAGACAACCCCUGCGUGUGACCACAGACCAUGGCGGGACGAG